UUGCUUCCCAACGCCUUCAGGUGACAAGACCCUCCCGGGCAAACAGUAAAAGGAGACUGAGCAGGUAAGGUGCAGAGACAACCUCCCUCACCUGCACCUCCUCCCUCAAAGGUAGCCAGACACCAUGCACCAGCCAUCCAGGCGGGACAGGAAGUAGAAGGCUCCUUGUCUCCUGGGCCCCCACCCUCACCAUGUCUUCAACUCAGGGCAAUGGGGAGCACUGGAAGUCCUUGGAGUCGGUGGGCAUCAGCCGCACGGAGCUGGCCAUGGCUGAAGCCCUGCAGAUGGAGUACGACGCUCUGUCCCGGCUGCGACACCAUCGGGAGGCGAGCGAGGCGAAGCGGAGCGCGGAGCCCUCGCUCAUUGGCUGGGAUGAGGCAGCCUUGGACUUCUACAGCAAGCCGGCCGCCAGGCGGACCGACCUCAAGCUCUUGCGUGGCCUCUCGGGCUCUGAUCCCACUCUCAAUUACAACUCCACCUCCUCACCAGAAGAGUUGCCCAACCACUCUACCUCCCAGGACCCCCAGCCUGGCCCAGAUCCCUGGCCCAAAGGCUCCCUGUCAGGAGACUAUCUCUACAUUUUGGAUGGUUCAGAUGGAGGUCCGUCUUUGUCCCCAGAACCCGGGGACGUAGAUGGCUCUUGCAAGAAACUGUCUCCACCUCCUCUGCCUCCCCGAGUCUCUAUAUGGGAUGCCCCUCCUUUGCCUCCCAGAAAGGGGUCCCCCUCACCCUCCAAGAUCUGUCAACCUAAUGACAUCAACACUUUCUCUUUGGAACAGCCACCAGGCAAACUGCUGGGGCAUCAGGUCCUGGAAGGGGAAGAGUUGCCUCAUGGUGGGGGGCAGGGCCACCUACUGGGAUCUGUGGAUUAUGACGGCAUCAAUGAUGCAAUUACAAGGCUCAACUUGAAGUCAACCUACGAUGCAGAGAUAUUAUGGGAUGCCACCAGGGGAUGGAAAGAGGGCCGAGGGCCCCUAGACUUUAGCAAAGACACUUCUGGAAAACCUGUGGCUCGGAGCAAGACCAUGCCUCCUCAGGUGCCCCCUCGAACUUAUGCUUCCCGCUAUGCCAACAGAAAGAAUGCGACCCCUGGCAAGAACCGCCGGAUUUCCGCUGCUCCGGUGGGCACCAGGACCCACACUGUUGCCAACGGGCAUGAAUUGUUUGAGGUCUCAGAGGAGAGAGAUGAAGAAGUUGCUGCAUUUUGCCACAUGCUGGAUGUCCUUCGAACAGGCUCCGAGAUCCAAGACUAUUCCCUCACUGGAUAUGUCUGGAGCACGGUCACCCCAAGCCCAGAGCACCUUGGGGAUGAGGUGAACUUGAAGGUGACUGUGCUGUGCGAUAGCCUUCGAGAGCCUCUCACAUUUACCUGCAACUGUUCCUCCACUGUAGACUUGCUCAUCUACCAGACCUUAUGCUACACCCACGACGAACUGAGGGACGUGGAUGUGGGUGAUUUUGUGCUUAAGCCCUGUGGGCUGGAGGAAUUCCUGCAAAAUAAGCAUGCGCUAGGCAGCCACGAGUAUAUCCAAUACUGCCGCAAGUUUGACAUCAACAUCCGACUUCAGCUGAUGGAGCGGAAGGCCAUACGCAGUGACCUGGCACGGACGGUGAAUGAUGACCAGAGCCCCUCCACCUUGAAUUACCUCAUCCAUCUGCAGGAGAGGCCGGUCAAGCAGACUAUCAGCAGGCAGGCCUUGAGUCUUCUGUUUGACACUUACCACAAUGAAGUGGAUGCCUUCCUGCUGGCUGAUGGGGACUUCCCGCUGAAGGCUGACAGGGUGGUCCAGUCUGUCAAGGCCAUCUGCAAUGCGCUGGCUGCAGUGGAAACCCCUGAGAUCACCAGUGCUCUCAACCAGCUGCCUCCCUGCCCCUCGCGCAUGCAGCCGAAAAUCCAGAAGGAUCCCAGUGUGUUGGCUGUGAGGGAAAACCGAGAGAAGGUGGUGGAAGCUCUGACGGCAGCCAUCUUGGACCUGGUUGAGCUGUACUGCAACACAUUCAAUGCAGACUUCCAGACCGCAGUGCCCGGGAGCCGCAAGCACGAUCUGGUUCAGGAGGCCUGUCAUUUCUCGGGAGCCCUGGCCUUUACCGUCUAUGCUACACACCGCAUCCCCAUCACCUGGGCUACCAGCUAUGAAGAUUUCUACCUCUCCUGCUCCCUCAGCCAUGGUGACAAGGAGCUCUGCAGGCCCCUGCAGACCCGACGGGCUCACUUCUCCAAGUACCUGUUUCAUCUGAUCAUCUGGGACCAGCAGAUCUGCUUCCCGGUGCAGGUGAACCGGCUGCCUAGGGAGACCCUACUGUGUGCCACGCUGUAUGCCCUGCCCAUCCCCCCUCCUGGAAGCUCCUCGGAAGCCAAUAAGCAGCGGCGGGUUCCUGAAGCCUUGGGCUGGGUCACUACCCCACUCUUCAACUUCAGGCAAGUCUUGACCUGUGGCCGGAAGCUUCUGGGCUUGUGGCCAGCAACACAGGAAAAUCCCAGUGCCCGAUGGAGUGCACCUAAUUUCCACCAGCCAGACAGUGUCAUCCUGCAGAUUGACUUCCCCACCUCAGCCUUUGACAUCAAGUUCACCAGCCCCCCUGGAGACAAGUUCAGUCCUCGCUAUGAAUUUGGUAGCCUUCAGGAGGAGGACCAACGCAAACUUAAAGACAUCACGCAGAAGGAGUCUUUGUACUGGCUCACGGAUGCCGACAAGAAGCGCCUGUGGGAGAAGCGAUAUUUCUGCCACUCAGAGGUGAGCUCCCUCCCACUGGUGCUCGCCAGCGCCCCCAGCUGGGAGUGGGCCUGCCUACCAGACAUCUAUGCUCUCCUGAAGCAGUGGACCCACAUGAACCACCAGGAUGCCCUGGGACUCCUGCAUGCCACCUUCCCGGACCAGGAGGUACGCCGGAUGGCUGUCCAGUGGAUCGGCUCGCUCUCCGACGCCGAGCUGCUUGACUACUUGCCCCAGCUGGUGCAGGCCCUGAAGUAUGAGUGCUACUUGGAUAGCCCCCUGGUGCGCUUUCUCCUGAAGCGAGCCAUCUCUGACCUAAGAGUGACCCACUACUUCUUCUGGUUGCUGAAGGAUAGCCUCAAGGACUCCCAGUUCAGCAUCCGCUACCAGUAUCUGCUGGCAGCCCUGCUGUGCUGCUGUGGCAAGGGGCUGAGGGAGGAGUUUAACCGCCAGUGCUGGCUUGUCAACACCCUGGCCAAACUGGCCCAGCAGGUCCGAGAGGCCCCGCCAUCUGCACGGCAGGGCAUCCUCCGUACGGGCCUGGAGGAGGUGAAGCAGUUCUUUGCUCUCAACGGCUCCUGCCGCCUGCCACUCAGCCCCAGUCUGCUGGUGAAGGGCAUUGUGCCCAGGGAUUGCUCCUACUUCAACUCCAAUGCCGUCCCCCUUAAGCUCGCCUUCCAAAAUGUGGAUCCACUGGGUGAGAACGUCCGAGUCAUCUUCAAGUGUGGGGACGACCUUCGUCAGGACAUGCUCACCCUGCAGAUGAUUCGCAUCAUGAGCAAGAUCUGGGUUCAGGAGGGGCUGGACAUGCGCAUGGUCAUUUUCCGCUGCUUCUCUACGGGCCGAGGGAGAGGGAUGGUGGAGAUGAUCCCCAAUGCUGAGACCCUGCGCAAGAUCCAGGUGGAGCAUGGGGUGACCGGCUCCUUCAAGGACCGGCCCCUGGCCGACUGGCUGCAGAAACACAAUCCUGGGGAGCAUGAAUAUGAGAAGGCUGUAGAGAACUUCAUUUACUCUUGUGCUGGCUGCUGUGUCGCCACCUACGUCUUGGGCAUCUGUGACAGACAUAAUGACAACAUCAUGCUGAAGACCACGGGCCACAUGUUCCACAUAGAUUUCGGCCGCUUCCUGGGCCAUGCUCAAAUGUUUGGCAACAUCAAGAGGGAUCGUGCCCCCUUUGUCUUCACCUCGGACAUGGCGUACGUCAUCAACGGGGGUGACAAGCCCUCCAGCCGCUUCCAUGAUUUUGUUGACCUUUGCUGCCAAGCCUACAACCUCAUUCGCAAGCACACCCACCUCUUCCUCAACCUUCUGGGCCUGAUGUUGUCCUGUGGAAUCCCUGAACUCUCAGAUCUGGAGGACCUCAAGUAUGUGUAUGAUGCUCUGAGGCCUCAGGACACAGAGGCCAAUGCCACCACCUACUUCACAAGGUUGAUUGAGUCCAGCCUGGGUAGUGUAGCUACAAAGCUCAACUUCUUCAUCCAUAACCUGGCUCAGAUGAAGUUCACGGGUUCAGAUGACCGGCUGACGCUUUCCUUUGCCCCACGAACACACACUCUCAAGAGCUCUGGCCGCAUCAGUGAUGUUUUCCUCUGCCGCCAUGAGAAGAUUUUCCACCCCAACAAGGGCUAUAUCUAUGUGGUAAAGGUGAUGAGAGAGAAUGCCAUCGAGGCCACGUACAUCCAGAGGACGUUUGAGGAAUUCCAAGAACUGCACAAUAAGCUGCGCCUGCUCUUCCCUUCUUCCUUCCUGCCCAGCUUCCCCAGUCGCUUCGUGAUCGGCCGUUCACGGGGAGAGGCGGUAGCCGAGAGGCGGAGGGAGGAGCUGAACGGUUACAUCUGGCACUUGAUCCACGCAGCCCCGGAGGUGGCCGAGUGUGACUUGGUCUAUACCUUCUUCCACCCCCUGCCCCGGGAUGAGAAGGCUGCAGGUACCAGUCCAGCUCCUAAGUCCUCAGACGGCACGUGGGCCCGGCCUGUCGGGAAGGUGGGCGGGGAGGUGAAGCUGUCCAUCUCCUACAAAAACAACAAACUCUUCAUCAUGGUGAUGCAUAUUCGGGGCUUGCAACUCCUCCAGGAUGGGAAUGACCCUGACCCCUAUGUGAAGAUUUACCUCCUUCCUGACCCUCAGAAAACCACCAAGAGGAAAACCAAAGUGGCCCGGAAAACCUGCAACCCUACCUACAAUGAGAUGUUGGUGUAUGACGGGAUCCCCAAGGGAGACGUGCAGCAGCGGGAGCUCCAGCUGAGCGUAUUAAGCGAGCAAGGGUUCUGGGAGAACGUGCUUCUCGGGGAGGUGCACAUCCGCCUGCGGGAGCUGGACCUGGCCCAGGAGAAGACCGGCUGGUUCGCGCUGGGAUCUCGAAGUCACGGAACCCUGUGAGCCCAGCAGUGUCGUGGCCUGGACCCCAGCUAAGGGCCACUACAGGGGGAGAGGACUUUCCCCUGCCGGAGCCCUCCUUUCCUGAGGAAGGGGUAGGGCCCUUGCCAGCCUCCCCCCCUGGUCCGGGUGGCCCUGGCCCUGUGAGAGAGGGGGCAGGAGAGUCAGGAGCUCUCUGCAGCCCCUUCCGACUCCGACUGCACCAGGGUUGGCUGUAGCGAGCAGCCCUUCGGAAGCUGUGACUUUGCAGCAAAAAUUGAAGUUUACCUUGUGUCAAGGGAGCAAUGCCUGGUUUGGGGUGUGUGGUGGGUGGGCU